AUGGCUGACGAAGACUUGAGAGAUGAUGAAGUUCAAGGAGAUGAAGAUGGUGAUAAGAAUGAAAAACCUAAAAACUCGGUACCGAUUGGUAUCAAAAGUCCCACACCAGGUCGUCAAUAUGGAAUGCCAGAUGUACCAAAAUCAGUUCAGCGACGUCUUGCAAAUUAUUCGGGAGGUAAACCAUCAAAACACGACAAAGAUAAGUUAAUGAGAUCUGAGGGAAUAAUACCAAUCCAAGCUGGUUCGAAUAAAUAUGCAUCUCAACAAGGAAUGACUGGUUUUGGCGUCCCUCGUGAUGUGAUUGAUAAGGUUAAAGCUGAUAACUUGAAAGAGAUAACAGAUGCAGAAAAAAUCAAAAAUUUAAAACAGUCAACUUGGCUACAGUCUGGUACUAAUAAAUUUGCCUCACAAAAGGGCCAGACCGGUUUCGGCUCACCUCGAGAUGUAAAUUACAAGACAAAAGGCACCGGAGGUGCUAGUGAGGUACCAGAAGAAAAGGCUCGAGCAACUGAUGGUAUUGUACCAUUGCAAUCUGGUACUAAUAAAUUAGCAUCUCAAGCUGGUAUGACUGGUAUGGGUAUGCCCAGAAUUGUUGAUGUGAGGAAGACAGAUGAUCAGGACCGCAAUAGUCAAGGUUUUAUCCACCUCCAAAUGGGUACCAACCGCUUUGCUAAUCAAUCCGGCAUGACUGGCUUUGGAAUGCCUCGACAUAAUAUUACUAAAUAUAAGGAUGAGAUUAGGGGUGAAAUGCCAAAUGAUGAAUCCUCCAUGUCACGACAAACAAGCGGUUGGAAAGAUGGUGCCUCACAGGCGGGAAUGACAAAUUUUGGCGCAUUUCGGAAUAAUACAGUAAUUAAUAUGCAAGCUCAAGAGCAACGGUCACAAGGUAUGAUUCCAUACCAAAUGGGAGUCAAUUUUCUUGAUUCUCAAUCUGGGAAAACUGGUUUUGGUAUGCCACGACAGGUAUAUACGCCGUUUGUUGACGAUUCACAUGAGGAACUACCAGGGGAUUUAGCUCGUCGACCUGAAGUACCAUUUUGGACUGGUCAAGAAACUGAAUUUGCCAAUCAGACGGGGAUGUCAGCCUUUGGAACUCCUCGUGACGUACGUGGUGAAUAUGUUCGACGUUUGUGGUGA